AUUGCAAGGAUAGAGCCUGCCACGCCGCCCUGUAAUAGCCUGUAUUCCCACGACUUGCCUUCAUGCAUUGUUAUCACCUUGGUUGCAGGAGCUCUGCCUAUAGCGCCGAAAAGCAUCAUCAAGUCUCUCAUUAUCCAGCUGCUUCUACCGUACGGACGCCGGCUGUGAGGGAAGUGAAGCCGCCCCUCAUCGCGGCGGUCCCUCCAUCCAUUCAUCCAUUCAUUCGUCCCUCCCUCUAUCUCUCCUCCCUCCGACCCAUUUUCCUCCUUCAUCCAGCCUGUGCUCGCCCAUCGCAGCCACUCGGUCGGUGCAUGUCCUCGCCGCAGCGGGACUACGGUAUGGGCUGCCACCGGUCGGCUUGACCACCACUGCCAUUCCAUUCUGCCGCACUGUACACCGCGGCACGGUGACACUGCAGCGCUGCGCUAGCUCUGCCGGCUGAUAAGAUACCGCAUCUCCUCGGCGCGUGUGCGCGAGAUGUCGCCUCAGGAGCAGAAAGUAGGGCAGCGAUACGAACGACAGGCACAAAAGGGACUCGCGUCACAGGGGUUCAGGAACGGCACCCGCGGGAGUCUUCCUCACAACAGAACUGCCGGCGACGACGCGGCCGGCGUCCACGGCGGCGGCGGCGGUGGUGGUGGUGGUGGUGGUGGUGGUGGGGGUGGUGGUGGGGGUGCUGCUGCUGCUGCCACUGCUGGUGCUGCUGGUGGUGCUGGCCUGAGGAGGAGGCCGUCGUCUUCCACUGCAGACACCCGCGCGAGUCGAACUAAUCCCACCCCUGCUCUGCUGCUAGAGCCAUCUCACGCAAGCGAGCGAGUCGUACCGCGCACUGUGCCUCUCGCGACCCUCAGCGACAACCACAACGACAGCGACAUCGACAGUGACGACUCCCACGACGCUGACGCCGACGCCGACGACGCCGACGAGUCCGACGACACCGACGACGACGACGAUCCACAUGAAGAGGAUGAGGGUGCGAGCGUAACUGGCUCUCGUCGGUCAUAUCACUCUGUCCAGCAUUCGGAACCACUACCUGAGGUCAACAUCGCCGUGGUCUCUGCUGCAGCAGUGGGCAAGUCCACUUUCAUCAAGGCAGCCCUCGAUCUCAACCGCCUGCCCAGCUCGCGUGCCGCUGAAAAACGAUUCCCCUUCGGAGGCUGUUCAUAUACCCUGCGCCUGCUGGAGCUGGACCUCGACGAUAUCGACACCCAUAACGAUGGAACGAUCAACUGGCCAGACCGCAUUGAGGAUAGAAUAACGCCAAAGGUCGACGGCGCCUUGGCUCUAUACAGUUGCAAGGAGCCAAGCAGUAUUAAAGACCUUCGUGACAUGCUCAAGGCGGUUACCAAGUCCGCCUUGCCCAUUGUUCUUGUAGCCACAAAGUGUGACGUUCCCUCAGCGGAGCGUAAGGUGGAACCGAGUGUUGUGGAGCAGAACGCGAAACGCAUCAACAAGAACAUUGCUACUUUGCAGGUCUCAGAGCUCAACCCAGAAGGAUACAAGCGUGGCAUUUUGAUGCUCAUGAAUGCCAUUGUCAAACUUUCUCCUGAACAUCCUUCCGGCCUCACGAGAGUCGCAUCGUUACGCCGUCGAGCACAAAGUAGUACUACUAUACCCUCCUCGCCGCGUUCAUCUUUAGCUGGACACUCCAGAGCCAGCUCUGAGCAUACUGGGAUCAAAGAUCCACGGCACUCCCGCAUAGACCCUAGCUUCGCAGGGCACUCAACGGGCGAACGUUUACGAGUGCCACGAAGCGAAGACCAGAUGCACGGCUCGUUUUUGCUCGAGGAAUCGGGCAGUGAGCCGUCUGCAGCAUCUACGCGAUCAUCUGCUAGCACAGAUGCCCUAUCCGUGGUGCCUGGCGCUUCUCCGCUAUCAGCUCUCGCCGAGAAUGGCGCUACAUUUGACGAGCUAGUAGACAGGCUGCUGGACCAGCCGACAUCCAAGGCCGACCUCAAGUUCGCGUCCAUCUUUUUAGCCUUAUAUCGCAACUUUGCCGCCCCUGGGAAGCUGCUUGAGGCCAUUGUACAGCGUUUUGAUACCUUGGAGCAGAACGGUUCGCCGAUGAUGAUGAAGUCCACGACGCAACUUCGUUAUCUCGCGGUCGUCGAGAAAUGGGUCAGUGCAUAUCCUGGAGAUUUUGCCUUUCCUAAAACGCGACAGCGACUCCAGACCUUCACUCAUAAAAUCUCCGACACUCGGAUAUUCACCACAGCGGCGAAGGAGAUCUCUAUUGCCCUUGAGGCCGUCCACGAGGAUGAUGACACUUCAUGGGCAUACAACGAUAAGGACCGAGAAGCGUCUGGCGAGCAGUCCGAAAGCUCGUUGGCUUCUUCUGCGGAUACUCUGAUUGAUGAUCCCGCCUUUACUUUCGACACCGAACUCAGCGGCACGACUCCGAGUGUUGACUCCGACAUUUACAAGGGACCGAAGAUCUCGAACCAGAUGAUCGCUUAUGUGGAGCAAGCACAACGACAUGCCCGAGAGCUGCAGCCCAUUCAACGAAAUACCUUGACGAAGAUACAAUGGCGAGCGCUCAUGGAUCAACCCGACGAACUCAUUGCGAGAGAGCUCACCAGGAUAGACUGGAUCAUGUUCUCGUCAAUUAGGCCACGCGACUUGGUACGGCAUGUGUCGCUUUCGAAAGAGCAGAGACAAUUGUGCCGGAAUCUUGCCCACGUGGAACGCAUGAUCCAGCACUUCAACCAAAUCGCCUUCUGGGUUGCAAACUAUGUACUAUUACGCGACAAGCCCAAGCACCGUGUGCUCAUGCUUGAAAAGUUCAUGCGUGUAGCGCGGAAACUGCGAGAGCUGAACAACUAUAACGCGCUUGGGGCUGUGAUAGCAGGCGUGAAGUCUACCUCUGUACACCGACUAGUGGCGACACGAGAAAUGGUGCAGCCAGGAGUGGGCAAAGACUGGCUGAAGUUGGAGAUACUGAUGGCUCCAUCGCGAUCACAUUUUGCCUAUCGGCUGGCGUGGGAGAACAGCUCAGGUGAGCGUAUACCCUACCUGCCUCUACAUCGACGCGAUCUAGCGUCAGCUGAAGAAGGUAAUCGAACAUUCAUCGGUGACGAUGGGCGAAUCAACUGGAAGAAGUUUGAAAUCAUGGGCGAUGUCAUUGUCGGCUUGCAAAGAGCCCAAGGCAUGCCAUAUAAGAAUUUGGGAGGGCUGCAAGGGAAUCAGCAGGUCAAGGAACUCUUGCUCGAUGUCAAGCUUCUGAAAGACGAAGAUGAACUUUAUGAGCGCAGUACGCAGAUCGAGCCUCCUGCGAACGCCAGUGUUGGGCCAUCAGCCAAGUUCAAACAGUUUUUCCAACGAUGAUGGGGCAGAGACGAACACAAAUACCCAAAUUUAUCUGAAACGCAUGAGACGCGUGAUAUGAGCACCCCAUGGGGGCGCAACGAUGGAGCCAUGAUGUUGACGAGCGACGACACAAAGCUAUUUGAAACCUUCUACCCCCUUAAUGGACGCACUUGGCGCUGUUUGGCUGGCAAAGGAGGGGGCAUCGGGCUGUUGACGAACUGUGCAGAAAUAAAAAGUAUUGAGAAGAGACCAUGGAUCUGUUUUUGCUUUAGUUAGAUACCUCGAAUAGCCUCGCGGCGCAAAACUUUCGGUUCAAUGUAGUUGGUUGGAAAAAUAAAGAGCGGGGAGACGGAAACCCGGUCGUCAAAUUUCGGCAUUCUUGCUUCUUCAUGGUCGUAAAAAAAAAUCAAUGAAACGAUUGGGGACCAACAACAUGUUGACCGUGGACCACAGUCUAUAUAUUGAUGAAGAAGCUCUUCUCGCCUUCCUGUGGCUUUACCUCUGAUCUCUUCAGGAUGGGAUCGGCGGCUGACAAACGGAUCCUCUCACAACUGGCCGGACUGGUCAGGCUCAGCAACUCUUCGCAGCCAUGUUGCUUCCUAGCUGCCUUGAGCGCAUCUCUGAUGGCAAAGAAGACGGCAGAACCCAUAAAUAACGGUGGUUCUCCCACGCCUCGGGAUCGUUGAAUAGUUCUCAGAUUCUCCCAAUUCACAUCUUUCAAGAGGCUCACUCGAAAGUCUUGCGGGACAUCUCUGAAGCCAGGAAUCUUGUAGGCGCCGGGUCCUCGAGUGAAAAUCUGUCCACUGCCACGGUGCCACAAGGAUUCUUCCAUGGUGAAGAGUCCCAUACCUUGGACAAAAGCACCUUCGAUUUGUCCGUAGUCAAUAGCGGGAUUGAUCGACCGGCCCACAUCCAUUUUGAUGUCGGCUCGCUUGCACGUCCAAUCGCCUGUCAAUGUGUCGACUUCGACCUCAGCGGCUGCAAUGCCUUGCGUGAAGUAGAAGAACAUUUGGCCGGUGUUGGGUCCCCAUACGUAGCCGAUGUCUGGCGUCUUGUAGAACCCAUUUGCAGAAAGGUUGACACGAUCGAAAUACGCGGCGUGAGCCAGCUGUUUCAUGGUGGCAUCAGUGCCGAACUUCUCUCGGUAUGGGGCGAGGCGUUCGUUCAGCUGUUCACAAGCAUUCCAGAUGGCGUAGCCGUUGAGGUCUGACGACGCUGAGGCGGCAGUGGAGGAUGUGUUUGCCACAGUGUUUGUGGCAGUUUCCGAGAUGAAGACAUUGUCUUGUGGCACGUUCAGAGCCUCAGCUGCAAUCAUAGUCAUUUUGGUGUGGAGACCUUGACCCAUUUCUGUGCCUCCAUGUGCUACCAAAACGCUUCCGUCAUGGUAGAUGUGUACUAGAGCACCAGCCUGGUUGAGGAACAAAGCUGUGAAGGAGAUGCCGAAUUUGGUCGGGAUCAGAGCCAUUCCACGCUUCUUCCAUUUACUUUUCUCGUUGAAAGCAGCCACUUCUUUCUUUCGCCGCUCCCAGUCCGAUUCCUCUCGUAUUUGAUUCCACAUGAGCGGCACGUACCAAUCUUUCAGCUCCUGAUUGAAAUGUGUCUUCUCGCCAGACUUGUACAUGUUGAUUUCUCGAAGUCUCUCGACUGGGAUCUGGAGACGAUCUGCUACUUCCUCCAUGGCGGUCUCGAUGAUAAACAUACCCUGUGGACCACCGAAACCUCGAAAGGCAGAAUUCGAAACAGUGUUCGUCUUGCAGAUGCGUCCACGUACGAAAACGUUUGGAAAGUUGUACACGCCAUCCACGUGGCUGAGAGCACGAUCAACGACGGCAGCACUGAGAUCUUGUGACCAACCACCAUUAUUGUAGAUGUCAGCAUCGAGUGCUUGCAGCUUGCCAUCUUUGCUGACGCCAAUCUUCCAGUGAGACAAGAAGGGGUGUCUUUGUCCAGAUGUCUGAAUGUCUUCAUCGCGGUUCAACAUGCAACGUACAGGCCUGCCAACCUUUUUGGCUGCCGUCGCACAGAUUCCUGCGAGCUGUAUAGAUCGCGUCUCUUUGCCGCCAAAGCCGCCACCGAGACGCUUGACUCUAGAGACAAUCUUGUUCGCAGCUACGCCAGUGACUUGCGCAACGUAUGCCUGUGUCUCUGUGGGAUUUUGGGUCGAGCUGAAGAUCUCCAUCUCGCCGUCUUCGGGCUUGGGUACGGCCACACAUGCGUUGGUCUCCAAGUAGAAAUGUUCUUGGCCCCCCAUGCGAGCAACCCCACUGAAGACGUGAUCGGACUCUUCGAAAGCUUGGUCCACGUCUCCAUUCUUGAUGAAGUGAUAGUGGUCGAAAAAGCUGUUGGCCGCGAUGGCUUCCUCCAUUGUGAAGAUGGCAGGCAAAUCCUCAUACUCGACCUUAACCGCUCGCAUCCCUGCUUCCGCGAGCUUCGCCGAUGUCGCGAGGAUCAUACCUAUCGGCUGACCUGCUGUGAAUACCUCAUCCAACGCGAAGAACGUCUCAUCGCAAUUGGGUGCUCCCCACCAAUUGGCUUCAGGGUUCGGGAGAUCUCGAUGAUCAACGUAGUCCACGACGCCUGGAAGGUCCAGCGCCGCAGAAGCAUCGACGCUAACGAGUUUCGCAUGCGCUUUCGUGCUAAGCACAAGGCAGCCGUAAAGCUCGUCCUUUUGCACUGGAAUGUCAUCAGUAUACUGAGCUUCACCUGUCGACUGUUUCAUGGCGGCAACGUGUUCCGUUUCUUUCCCAAGAAUCUUCUUCUCAUAGGCUUUGCCUACUGUAUGGUCCUUUGUGCCCUUAGAUAUCUCGCGCUCAAUCUCCGCUAUACAAUCUUGGUCAAUAUCCACGCCCUCUGGAUUGAGCGCCGACAGUACUUCAUGAUAGAAUUUGUAAAAGAAGCCGAGUGCGAGGGAUUUUCGGUAGGUAGCCAUGCCUCCAGGCACACCGAAGCGCAGAUCAAAGUCUUGCUCUAGUGCAUUCAUGACGCCUUCUAGAGUAGCGGGAUCUGUGAACUUCUUGCCCUCCAAGUAGGUCAUGGCAUUUCUGGCAGCGAUCGUGACGGGGGCCAUUCCGCCGUACACUAGGCUCGAGUUCCUGACGUGGUUGGAAUCGUCAAGAAGGACGCGUAAAGCUGCAUUGACAAUCGCGAUGUCAUCGUCCUUUCGCUUGGCUUGCUUGUAGGCCCGCAUAUACUCCCCUUUUUCCUGGAACACUGGUAUCCUGAUGCUAGCAAUAAUCGCAUCUGGGGGCAGUGCGGUCUGUCGAUACGCUUUGAAGAAAUCUGACAUGGGUAUCUCGACGGUUUUGUCAAGUGACUUGGCGACAAUCGUCGAAUUAGUACCCAGAAAAACAGGGUUCAAAUCAGAGAUGGGAGAAGCAGUCGCAAGAUUACCCGCGGGUGUUCCGACAUUCCUGAUCUGGCGGCCAGCGAAGUAUUUUAUUUGCUUGUGAAUGGCCGCGAAAGGCUGACCUCGCGUCUGGCCAUAAUGCUUCGAGGCCUCUAGAGAGAGCUCUUCAAGGUCCGUUAGGGUAAUAUUACCCCCGACUUCAACGUGGUCGUCUUUCAUUUCGAAUUGGCGCAGCUCUGGAAUGUCUCCGACGAAGACAGAGACCGUAUACUGCAUGGCCUUGAACUUGACCUCGAUCUGGGUUUCUGUGCUGCCACCAAUAAUCUUAGCUGAAGGGUAGACGCUCUUGAUCUCGAGAAGCUGAUUCAACGUCACCGGUCGGAACCAUCGCUUUCGUUUGUUGCCAAAUGCUAAUGGUUUAUAUUCGUGCUUCUUCAAAGCUGGCGGGAAGAUCAGCUCAGUGUGAGGAUUGUACUCGAUGAAGCCGGGAGGUGUGAAUCGCUUGAUGGGUUGGUCGUCUGCCGGACCGGAUGGCCCCUUGCAACAACCACCCGCGCCAUUCUCGCUGCUCUUUUCGUCCAUACAGCAGCCCGAGCCCCCAUUGACUUUCGCCUUCGCACAGCCUCCUGUUGCACUAAACGUCUGGGCAGCAUCGAGAAUCGGUCGAUAGCCUGUGCACCGACACAAAUUGCCAUCGAAAGCUUCUUCGACCUCGACCUCUGAAGGUUGAUCGUUAUUACGCAGCAGAGCAUACAAGCUCAUGACUAUGCCAGGCGUACAGAAACCGCACUGGCUGCCAUUGCCUUUGGCAAUUCGUUCUUGAGCAGGGUGUGGUUUCUUCACUGAUCCUAUGCCUUCCACGGUAAUCACAUGCUUGCCAUCCACAGAGACCAGUGGCGCGAGACAGGCAUUGACGGAUGCGUGGUAGAUCUUCUUCGUUGUAGGAUUCCAUUGUGACACGACCACUGUGCAGGCGCCACAGCCACCCUCGGCACAGCCCAGCUUGGUGCCGGUCAAGCCAAUGCCUCGAAGGUACUCUAGGAGGGUUACUUCGGGGUCGGCCUCGUCCAGCACUACCUUUGUUCCGUUCAAGUAGAAGGUGACAGUGUCGUGGUAUUGCUCUGUGGUCGAGGCGAGGGCUUGCCGGGUGGCAGGCUCGACCGCAGGCGCUGGAUCAAGGCGACCCGGGGCCAUGAUGUACCGUCGUUCUCUCACGGCCGCCCUCGACGAGAAGUGGGUGGGUGCGGUGGAUGCGGUGGGUGGGUGUGCGUGUGUAUACGGAUACGUGGACGCUC